CUGUGCAUUCCAAAAAGCUUAGGCCCGCGAAAUACAAAGAGCUGAAACAGCUCUGCCAGAGGACCUCAGAAAAUUAGGGUUUUUGUUGAGGAACAGCCAAAUUACCUUAUUCUUUUUUCUACGAUUUUGGUCGAUUAACAUCCCGUACCAGAUAGAUAGUUAAACAAUCAACUGGCUGUUGUUUUUGGGUCACUGCCAGUAUCUAAAUAUCAAGAAAUUCACUACUUCAUGUUAUAUAAAUUUUUCACCUGUUGAGCAUCAUCAUCCUCUUGAUUAUAAUUCGUAUUUUUCUCUUGCCUGUCUCUUUAACUACUGUUACUUUUAUCCCUUAAUUGAUUAUCAUUCACAUUGGAAAUCCUUGGAUCCAUAUCUUAUGGAAGAAAUUCAGUUGAGAAUCUUACUCUGCAACUCCAUUUGGCCUUUCAUUUUGUUUCCGCCUUUUCGUACUUGUACUCUUCCUUCUGUGAACGCGUCUGGCUUCUGUGCUUCCUUCACAGUUGCCUUGCAAGCUUGUUUUCUUAGACACAUAAGAUGCCAAGGACAAGAGGUAGUGCUGUGGCUGCUGAUAAAGAUGAAUCUGAAAAGCCUGUGGAAUCUGAGGAGGGGGUUGACCUUGAUGGUGACAAUGAACAAGAGGAGAUAAUGGAAGAAGAAGUUGAGUAUGAAGAAGUAGAGGAAGAGGAGGAAGUGGAGGAGGAGAUAGAGGAAGAGGAAGAAGUAGAAGAGGAGGUGGAAGAAGAGGAAGAAAUUGAGGAGGGAGCGAAUGAGGCUGAUGCACAAAAAGGCUCAGACAGUGAGGAGGAAAUUGAAGAAAAAGAGCAUGCUGAACUUCUUGCACUCCCUCCACACGGAUCAGAGGUAUACCUUGGUGGCAUUCCUCAUGAUGCCACUGAAGAGGAUCUCAGGGGCUUUUGUGAAUCUAUAGGAGAAGUCACAGAAGUAAGGAUAAUGAAGGGCAAAGAUACAGGUGAGGCCAAAGGGUAUGCUUUUGUGACCUUCAGAUCAAAGGAGUUAGCUUCCAAGGCUAUUGAAGAUCUGAACCAUACUGAGCUUAAGGGAAAAAAUAUAAGAUGUUCAACAUCUCAAGCAAAUCAUCGAUUGUUUAUUGGUAAUGUUCCAAGAAACUGGGAAGAGGAAGAUAUGAAGAAUGUUGUAAAGAAGAUUGGGCCAGGAGUAAUCUCUGUGGAAUUAUUAAAGGACCCACAGAAUUCCAGCCGAAAUCGUGGAUUUGCUUUCAUAGAGUAUUAUAAUCAUGCUUGUGCAGAGUACUCGAGGAAAAAGAUGUCAAGCCCAAAAUUUAAACUGGAUGAUAAUGCUCCAACAGUGAGCUGGGCUGACCCUAAAAAUGCAGGAUCCUCAGCUUCUUCUCAGGUCAAGGCAGUGUAUGUGAAGAACUUACCAAAAGAUAUUACUCAGGAUCGUUUGAGACAGCUGUUUGAACAUCAUGGAAAAGUCACAAAAGUGGUUCUCCCUCCUGCAAAAGCAGGGCAUGAAAGGAGCAGAUUUGGUUUUGUGCACUUUGCAGAGAGGUCGAGUGCCAUGAAGGCAUUGAAGAACACUGAGAAAUAUGAAAUUGAUGGCCAAGUUUUGGAGUGCUCCCUUGCUAAACCUCAAGCAGAUCAGAAGUCUUCUGGAGGGCUAAAUUCACAGAAGUCCAUCUUGCAUCCAACCUUCCCACCCCGUCUUGGAUAUGGUUUAGUUGGGGGUGCCUAUGGUGCUCUAGGUGGAGGAUAUGGUGCUGCUGGCUUUGCACAACCAAUGAUCUAUGGUAGAGGACCAAGUCCUGCUGGUAUGGCAAUGAUGCCGAUGCUUUUACCUGAUGGAAGGAUUGGAUAUGUCUUGCAACAGCCUGGAAUGCAACCGCAAAACCCUCUACCACAGCCCCGGGCCGGCAGAGGUAGUGGUGGUGCUGGUAGCUCAAGUGGUGGAAGACGUAGCAAUGACAGUAACCGGCGCAGCCGGUAUAACCCAUACUAACGUGAUUGCCUUUUCAGUGCAAGUGCUGAGGAAAAGGAAAAGGUUUCAUCUUCAAUUAUUGAAUAAAGACUUAUUCUGAUCGAUGAAGAGUUCUGCGCACUGAAAUGAAGUUAAACCGCAAAUGAGCUAUGGGGAAUAUGUGCUAACAGGCGAUGGCUAUUGCACAGCUCAACCCAUUUUGCCUUCAGGCCAGAGCUUGCUGGAUAGCAGUCUGUCGAUUACUCUGUGUAGGUUAAAUUGUACUUUUGUUUAACUGAUAGAUUGUUUGUGACGAGAGAUUGAGAAUUAACUUUGUAAUAUUGGUUGAAGUUAGUUUUGAUUCCAAUUCUUCGCAUGGAUCUAAAUCCUUAUCGUGUUUUUGAGCUUACAAUUAUUUGAUUGCUUUUGCAAGAAAUAUUAGACUCUAUGGUCUCCUUUUGAUUCU